CGUGGGUGACCCUGCUGGUAUUUGAAAUACAAGUGGCAUAGCUUCCAACAUCACAGCGAUAUGCAAGGCACCACAGUACAACAAACUGACAGACACAUGAUGGCCCAUAAAGACUACAGCCCAGCAAUCCCUGUGGGGCCAUUCCGCACUGUCACAGAGGGUCACUAUGAGUCAGAAAGCACUCAGCAGCACCCAACAACAACAGUCAGUUACAGAGUAAGACCUGGGACUCCAAAAGCCCCUAAUUCACAUUGCGUUUUCAACACGUACGUAAUGACUGUUCCUAUGAGCUUCACCAGGGAGCCACUCAAGCUGCCUUUGGGGACUCCCCUUCCCUUCCCUUGGCCUCAGAUUCCCCUCUGCGUAGUACUGGGAUGUCUCUUUGUGCCACUUCAGGCUCCCCCGCAACCCCAGCACCACAAUUCUGCCCAAAGUCCCAAAGCAAAACCCCAUUGGGCCAUCUCAGGUCAUGUGACUUCCUGAACCAGCUGAUGCUCCCAUUGGCUGGACCCAGUCAUGUGACCAGCUGUAAAACCAAGAGGUGGCGUCAACCCACUGGAACUUUGGUCAGAGUUCUUGUUGGGGCGCAUCCAGCCCUGGUGCUUUGGUUAUGGAAAAGGGGCGCCCCUCGUGGUACCUUCUCCAGCGCUCCCCACGCCACAUAUCCUGACCGCCUCUCAUCCUUUCCCCCAGGCCCCAAGCAGGAUGCUGAGGCAGCCAAGAGGUUCAUCCUGGACAUGUACAUCGGCAUGUACAUGGGCUGUGCGGAAGACGCCAUAGGCAGCAAAAAAUGCCCGCGCUCCCGCCGCCUCUUCAGCCACUACACGUGCGCCACGGACACGCAGAACAUCCGCAAGGUCUUCAAAGACGUGCGGGACUCCGUGCUCGCCCGCUACUUGGACGAGAUCAACCUGCUGUGACCCAGGCCUAGUCCCUCCGGAGCUGAGACCUGCCCUGCGGCCAGGGGCGCGCGCGGGGCAGCCCGAGGGCUCCGCUGGACCUCAAAGCCCCUUGUCAGUCUAGGCCCGGGUGGCAGGAGAGCCUCGAUCGAGCAAGUCGGAGGUGGAAGACUGGUGGCCGCCCCUCUCUGCCUUUCACCAGGACAGUUCACUCUUCCUUGACUUAGUUUCCCUGCUUGGAAGGGAAGCAAAAUGGCCAUUUGGAAUGCCAGAGGGGGGGAAAGGGUUUAAAACAAAAAAACAGCAGGGGCUCGAGGAUUUGAGUAAAUGUGUCUCAAGAAGGAGGCUCACCCCCAGGAUAUCACCUCCUGUGCAGGUCUGGGCCCCCUGGACAGGACGCACCCCCGGGAAGGGAGGCGUGGUCCUUCAGGCCGAGAGACGCGGGCUCUGGCGCCACCUAGCGGACGUCAGAGGCAGCGCAGGGUCUUCCCUUUCCUAGGGGACCAGGAGGCCACCCGGAAACGCUGUCCUUUUCAGCGACCAUCCCCCAUCCCUCCGUUUUACAGACGAGGAAAGCUGAGGCCCCCAGGCACCCCCUCCUUCCCAGGCUGGGGCCAGGGCGUACUGCAUCUCCCAUCCUUCUGUAUUUAUUCCCUCACCUUCUGCGGGGCCCCUUGAAGCAUUAAAAAAAUGACAUUCUGGAAACCUGUGAUUUCUUAAGGACCCGGUCGCCAGCAUCCUGUUUCCCUCCUGUUUCUUUCUCGGAUCGUCUUCCCUGGGGCCAGCGGUUUUGGUGGUCGAGGGGGUGUGGACAGCAAUAUAGGGAAGGAGGGGAAGUUCUACUUGUUAUCCACCCACCUGUGCCGGAGCAGUACCAGAGCUAAGCUGGACUGUGCUCACUCUGAGCCAGGCGGUGGACUCCCAACCGCCCUCCCUGAAUGGCGAGACAGUGGCAGACGCUCUGUUGCCACUUCCCCUCCAAAUUCCAGCAGCAGCCGCUGCCCAGUUUGGGUGAGGUUGAGGACGAUGAUAAAGAUAGCGCCACUCAGUCUGUCCUACACUGUGGUUCACGUCUCCCACCACCUCAGGACUGCCGCAUGACGUCCGAGCUGUAUCACCCCCAUUUUACAGAUGAGGAAACCGAGGCACACAGGUUGAGUCAUUCCACUGAAGUUACGCACCUGGAUGUGGCGGAGCCAAGAUUCCAUCCACUCAUCCAUCACAUUUAAAUUCUGCUGAAAAUAUACAUGUUUUUACUAUAAAACAAAUAAUCUUUUACAACUUGUUUUAGACUGACAGAAAAAUUGCAGGACUGUACCGAGAGUUCCCAUCUAGCCCACACCGGGUCUCCCUUGUUGUUAAAGUCUUACACUGUUUUUGCUGUUGUGAGGUGCUGUCGAGUCAGUUCCGACUCAUAGCGACCCCCUGUACAACAGAACGAAACGCUUCCCCGUCCUGCUCAUUCUCACUUCAUUGCUUGAGCCCACUGUUGUCAAUCCAUCUCAUUGAAGGUCUUCCUCUUCUUUGCUGACCCUCUACUUUACCAAGCAUGAUGUCCUCCU